AUGGAAUUCAGUAAAUCCUUUUUGAAGCAUAAAGUAACUAAGUCCUCACCUUCCCCUGCACUAUGUUGUGUGGAGACAGUGCCUAAAGAUGAACAAAAUUCUCAUAUUACAGCUUUUAAUUCAGGAGAUGGAUCCACCAAUUUCUGUAAUGAAUCAUCUUCAUCAACUACCGUCCGCGAUGUACAUAUAUCUAUGCGGUUAAUGGAGGAUUUUCUUGAUCUUGCUAAAGAAAAUACAGAAAAGGAUCUUGAAACAUGCGGUAUACUUGGUGCCUUUCUGGAGAAAGGAACCCUCUAUAUGACUACACUGAUCAUACCGAAGCAGGAAUCAGCAUCUAAUUCUUGUAAUGCCACAAACGAGGAGGAAGUUUUCACAAUUCUAAAUGAAAGAUCCCUUUAUGCUGUGGGAUGGAUCCAUACGCACCCUUCUCAAAGUUGUUUCAUGUCAUCGGUGGAUCUGCACACUCAAUAUUCCUACCAGGCGAUGAUUCCGGAGGCAUUUGCCAUUGUAUUGGCACCAACUGAUACCUCAAGGAGCUGUGGACUCUUUCGCAUAACCGAACCUGAUGGGAUGGAUAUUCUAAAAAAUUGUCCGGAGAGAGGAUUUCAUCCGCACAAAGAACCAGAUAAUGGAAAUCCUGUGUAUGAGCACUGCUCCAAUGUGUACAAAAACUCCAAUCUAAGGUUUGAAAUAUUUGAUUUACGCUAA